UAUUGCGGUUGGACAUCCGGGUUGCCAGCGCUCACGUUCCCUACUUGUUAGCUACGGCUGUGGGCGAACAAAUACGGCCAAAAUGCAAAUAUCUAUAGUCAACCUCGUUGUUUUCUCUUUGCUGCAGGUUUUACUUUCUUUUUCGUGUUUUCAAGAAGUUGUUGAAGCAGCAAGUGGAAGAGGGUUUGGAGAUAACAUCCACUGGAGGACACUGGAAGAUGGGAAGAAAGAGGCUGAGGCCAGCGGGCUACCAGUCAUGGUCAUCAUCCACAAGAGCUGGUGUGGAGCCUGCAAAGCUCUAAAGCCCAAAUUUGCUGAAUCCAAGGAGAUCUCUGAACUGGCACACAACUUUAUAAUGGUGAACCUGGAGGAUGAAGAGGAGCCAAAGGAUGAAGCCUUCAGCCCAGAUGGUGGCUACAUUCCUCGGAUUCUCUUCCUCGAUCCCAGCGGCAAAGUUCAUCCAGAAAUCACCAACAGAAACGGGAAUCCCAAUUACAAGUACUUUUACAGCACAGCAGAACAAGUGCUGUCUGGUAUGAAGGAGGCGCAGGAGAAGUUGACCGGUGAUGCCUUUAAACAAGGCCACACAGGAGACGAGCUGUGAGGAGUGGAAAUAAAGAGGAGAGAGGGGGGCUCCAUCAACGCUGCAAGGGCUACACUUCCUCUACAUCAGCUGCUGAGAUCCUUCCAUCAAGUCCCUUUGAAUAUUUAUACAUCCAACGAUAGAACGUAGGUUUAGUCUCAGAUGAUUUUUAAACCCACGUGUGCAUGAGUGUUCCUUUCCGUCCUGCAUGGUUUUCCCAGCUCUGCAAUCGUAUUUCUUUUUUAAUCAUGAAUGUUUCUAAGUUACUCUUUACUAAAUGUCAAAGCAUUUUACUGUAUUUUCUGUCAGUAGAGGAUAUAAGCGACUCUAGUCCGUCUUGUUAACUUUCAUUUAUUGUUAGAUUCCAGCUGUGAAUACUGUUUAAUGCAUUGAAUUUUUGUUUUUUUGUUUCUUUCUUUGACAUAUACAGGUACAGAAACAGACAAAUUAGCCAUGUUAUUUAUGCUAAUGAAGAAAUCAGCAUUUGAUCUGUAAAUUAGUCAUUAUUUGAAAGUAAGGCCUAGAUUCAUGGGGUAAUUUAACAUUUUUCCUAAAGAGAGAAAAUCUCAGGAAAACUGAAAGUUUUUUUAAACUGGAAGUAAAACAGUUUAAUUCGGUCAAAUCUGAUUUAAGAGAUCAAGCAGUUUCGUUGGGAUUUUUAAAUCAUUGUUUCAAUUCUGUGUUAGAAACAUUUGGUGUUUUGGAAAACAUGGUAGGAUGGCCCUGGAGGCUCGAGCUCUGGGCCCUCAGGUGUAGGUGGUCUGCAGGUUUUAGACACGUUCCUGUUGCAGCACUACUGGGUUAAUAAACAGAACUGGUUUUAGGUUCUGAUCCAAUCCAGGUAUCGCAAUUCAAAUCUGACUUCUCCGUUUUUUGUAGGCCAAAUAUUUUUUUUUUCCCGUCUGAAAUUGGAAAGUUUAUCUGCAGAGAAAAUGCUUCCGACUGGAUGUUAGUGUAUGCAGAUUAUUAAUGUAAUAUUAACUAACAUACACUGCAAAGCUUUUAGGUUUAAAGUUUGUUUUAAAUACUAAAGUAUAUGAAUACAGUUUGUUUUAGUAGUGCAUUUUGUGCCAAUACUUUAAGUUGUAUAAUAUUCACCUGAUGAAUGAUCCUUUAUUUUGCCUGAUAUUCUAUUUUUUUUUUUUUGGAGCAUCAUGAGCUAAAAUAUCAAUUCGUUGAGCCUGGAUUGUGAACCAUUUUUAAAAGUGGAGCUCCCAUCUCUAAAUUGGGUCAACUAGACAUCUAUAGAACUGUAAAAAGCAGAGACAUGUUUAAAACCAUGACCGUCUUCUCACCAGGACUGAAAAAAACAAAAGGCUGCAUUAAAUUGAGAGAAUUUGUUUAGUUUCCCUGUUAAAGAUGCUUUUGGUCCACUCCUGACAUUUAAAAACUACCAGGGAAAAAACAAAAAAGACUGUUAAGCCAAAGAUGAGCUGCAUUUUAAUGGAAAUGAAGUGCUAACUAAUAUUUGUUGGAAGAAGCUUGUCUCUUUCUGGUUCUUCAAGUCAAAUAUUUUAACACCUUCAGUGACGUGCUUCCAGAGAUGAUCUACUGUAAUUUACCAGCCCAUUCGCCAUGUACAUACAGACAUUAAACCCAGUUUUUUACUUUCUUUGAAUCCUAUAUAAUCCUGCUGUGUACAAGCUUUGCCGUUUUGUUUCUGAUGCAUGUGAGGGAAAAAUCAAGUCUUUUUUUACUCUUAAAAGGAAACAAAAGCCGACUUCAUGUCUUGAUGUAUUUUAUACACGUGCCAAAUAAAGGUUUGUUGUACAGAGUCAUUUUGAGGCUAGUGUAUUAAAGACAACUGAAACCAUUA